AUGGUAGCUGCUGAUAUAAACACUCAAGUAAUAGAAAGGUCAAACAUUAUCGUUGAUACUACUACAAGGGAAAGACCAAAUGAUUAUGAUUCAUUGCAUAAAACUAAUGUUCUUCAGCCUAAGGAAAAUACUGGUUUUUUGUUAUAUGAUGUUAACUCUGAACUUGAUCCCCGAUAUCAAGAGGAUUUUGAUCAAGAGAACUUAAUG